AUUUUUGGUUACGCCAUGUCUUUGUGAGACGCGGAGUAGGUGAAAGGAUGAUCUCCGCAUGUGUGGUUCCUACCGUGAAGCAUGGAGGAGGAGGUGUGAUGGUGUGGAGGUGCUUUGCUGGUGAUUUUAUUUAGAAUUCAAGGCACACUUAACCAGCAUGGCUACCACAACAUUCUGCAGCAAUACGCCAUCCCAUCUGGGUUGCGCUUAGUGGGACUCUCAUUUGUUUUAUAACAGGACAAUGACCCAACACACCUCCAGGCUGUGUAAGGGCUAUUUGACCAACAAGGAGAGUGAUGGAGUCCUGCAUCAGAUGCCCUGGCCUCCACAAUCCCCCGACCUCAACCCAAUUUAGAUGGUUUGGGAUGAGUCGGACCGCAGAGUGAAGGAAAAGCAGCCAACAAGUGCUCAGCAUAUAUGGGAACUCCUUCAAGACUGUUGGAAAAGCAUUCCAGGUGAAGCUGGUUGAGUGAAUGCCAAGAGUGUGCAAAGCUGUCAUCAAGGCAAAGGGGUGGCUACUUUGAAGAAUCUCAAAUAUAAAAUAUAUUUUGAUUUGUUUAACGCUUUUUUGGUUACUACAUGAUUCCAUAUGUGUUAUUUCAUAGUUUUGAUGUCUUCACUAUUAUUCUACAAUGUAGAAUAAAAAAAUGAAAAUAAAAAAAAAACCUUGAAUGAGUAGGUGUGUCCAAACUUUUGACUGGUACUGUAUGUGUAAACUUAUUUUGCAACGCUCACGUACGCGAUGCGGGCGGUGUGGUCAGCAUGUAAUUCACUCUGUGGGUAAAAAUGCAGCACUGGAGAAGUACUAUUCACUCCUUACUUUGGCGCUCCCUCCAGAGGGUAUUGAUUUCUCUAGCUCUUAACCAUCAUAGUAAAGAGGCAGUGAUUUUAGAGUAAGACCGGCAGAAUGUCUGCAUCACAAAUAGUACCCUAUUCCCUAUAUAGUGCACUACUUUUUGACCAGGGCUCUGGUCAAAAAGUAGUGCACUAUAUAGGGUAACAUUUGGGACGCACACUAUGGCUGCUAUUCCAGAGAUCAAUGGCUUGCUGAGGUAAGCAGUGCAGUCUGAACCAUGGAAUUGCCAUGGAAACGAGUGGGGGGAAAGGCCGUAGGGAAAGAUCCCAGGUCUCCUCAUUGCCCCCCCCAGCAAAAUUAGCAUUUAGGCUAUUGUUUGUGUAAUUUCACAGUAUGUUGAGGUAAAAAUCUUGAGUAUAAAUCAAAACACAUUUUUUAUUGGUCACAUGCGCCGAAUACAACAGGUGUAGACUUCACAGUGAAACGCUUACUUACAAGCCCAUUCCCAACAGGUGUACAGUCGUGGUCACAAGUUUUGAGAAUGACACAAAUAUUAAUUUGCACAAAGUCUGCUGCCUCAGUUUUUAUGAUGGCAAUUUGCAUUAACUCCAGAAUGUUAUGAAGAGUGAUCAGAUGAAUUGCAAUUAAUUGCAGUCCCUCUUUGCCAUGAAAAUGAACUUAAUCCCCAAAAAACAUUUCCACUGCAUUUCAGCCCUGCCACAAAAGGACCAGCUGACAUCAUGUCAGUGAUUCUGUCGUUAACACAGGUGAGAGUGUUGACAAGGACAAGGCUGGAGAUCACUCUUUCAUGCUGAUUGAGUUAGAAUAACAGACUGGAAGCUUUAAAAGGAGGGUGGCGCUUGAAAUCAUUGUUGUUCCUCUGUUAACCAUGGUAACCUGCAAGGAAACACGUGCCGUCAUCAUUGCUUUGCACAAAAAGGGCUUCACAGGCAAGGAUAUUGCUGCUAGUAAGAUUGCACCUAAAUCAACCAUUUAUCGGAUCAUCAAGAACUUCAAGGAAAGAGGUUCAAUUGUUUUGAAGAAGGCUUCAAAAGUUGAUUCAGCUGCGGGAUCGGGGCACCACCAGUGCAGAGCUUGCUCAGGAAUGGCAGCAGGCAGGUGUGAGUGCAUCUGCACGCACAGUGAGGCGAAGACUUUUGGAGGAUGGCCUGGUGUCAAGAAGGGCAGCGAGGAAGCCACUUCUCUCCAGGAAAAACAUCAGGGACAGACUGAUAUUCUGCAAAAGGUACAGGGAUUGGACUGCUGAGGACUGGGGUAAAGUAAUUUUCUCUGAAUCCCCUUUCCGAUUGUUUGGGGCAUCCGGAAAAAAGCUUGUCCGGAGAAGACAAGGUGAGCGCUACCAUCAGUCCUGUCUCAUGCCAACAGUAAAGCAUCCUGAGAUCAUUCAUGUGUGGGGUUGCUUCUCAGCCAAGGGAGUGGGCUCACUCACAAUUUUGCCUAAGAACACAGCCAUGAAUAAAGAAUGGUACCAACACAUCCUCCGAGAGCAACUUCUCCCAACCAUCCAAGAACAGUUUGGUGACGAACAAUGCCUUUUCCAGCAUGAUGGAGCACCUUGCCAUAAGGCAAAAGUGAUAACUAAGUGGCUCGGGGAACAAAACAUCGACAUUUUGAGUACAUGGUCAGGAAAUUCCCCAGACCUUAAUCCCAUUGAGAACUUGUGGUCAAUCCUCAAGAGGCGGGUGGACAAGCAAAAACCCACAAAUUCUGAAAAACUCCAAGCAUUGAUUAUGCAAGAAUGGGCUGCCAUCAGUCAGGAUGUGGCCCAGAAGUUAAUUGAUAGCAUGCCAGGGCAGAUUGCAGAGGUCUUGAAAAAGGGUCAACACUGCAAAUAUUGACUCUUUGCAUAAACUUUAUGUAAUUGUCAAUAAAAGCCUUUGACACUUAUGGAAUGCUUGUAAUUAUACUUCAGUAUACCAUAGUAACAUCUGACAAAAAUAUCUAAAAACACUGAAGCAGGAAACUUUGUUAAGACCAAUACUUGUCAUUCUCAAAACUUUUGACCACGACUGUAGACUUUACAGUGAAAUGCUUACUUACGAGCCCAUUCCCAACAACGCAGAGUUAAAAAUUAAGACAAAUAUUUGCUAAAUAAAAAAGGAAAUAUUAACACAAUAAAAUGAUGAAUAUCCACUUUGUUAGAUCAGGUUUGUUGAAUGUCCGCCAAUCUAUUGACUCCUUUAGUGCAUCACAGAGCGCCAUAGAGCAUCAUAGAUCGUCAUACAGAGACUCAGAAAAAGGUCCAUGAUGUAAAAAUGGCUUUAGAGGAGAUGGAUCAUUGUUCCAAACACGGUUGUCUGUCAUUAUACUGUCACAUCUGAGGAGCAGGCUGCCCACACCUGACCAGCAAGUUUACUGGUGUGUUUGUGCCGGUGUGUGUGUGCCAGGGUAACCUAACAUGACAGCCCACAGUAACCUAACAUGACAGCCCACAGUAACCUAACCUGACAGCCCACAGUAACCUAACAUGACAGCCCACAGUAACCUAACAUGACAGCCCACAGUAACCUAACAUGACAGCCCACAGUAACCUAACAUGACAGCCCACCACAGUAACCUAACAUGACAGCCCACUAGCGGAGGCUGCUGAACGGCUCAUAAUAAUGUCCGGAACGUAGCAAAUGGAAUGGCAUCAAACACCUGGAAACCAUGUGUUUCAUGUAUUUGAUACCAUUCCACUGACUACGUUCCAGUCAUUACCACAAGCCCGUUCUCCCCAAUUAAGGUGCCACCAACCUCCUGUGCAGCCCACAGUAAUCUAACCAGACAGCCCACAGUAACCUAACAUGACAGCCCAUAGUAACCUAACCUGACAGCCCACAGUAACCUAACAUGACAGCUCACAGUAACCUAACCUGACAGCUCACAGUAACCUAACCUGACAGCCCACAGUAACCUAACCUGACAGCCCACAGUAACCUAACUAACCUGUCAGCCCACAGUAACCUAGCCUAACCUGACAGCCCACAGUAACCUAACCUAACCUGACAGCCCACAGUAACCUAACCUGACAGCCCACAGUAACCUAAGCUGACAGCCCACAGUAACCUAGGCUGACAGCCCACAGUAACCUAAGCUGACAGCCCACAGUAGCCUAAUCUGUCAGCCCACAGUAACCUAACCUGACAGCCCACAGUUACCUAACCUGACAGCUCACAGUAACAUAACCUGACAGCCCACAGUAACCUAACCUGACAGCCCACAGUAACCUAACCUGACAACCCACAGUUACCUAACCUGACAGCUCACAGUAACCUAACCUGACAACCCACAGUUACCUAACCUGACAGCUCACAGUAACCUAACCUGACAACCCACAGUAACCUAACCUGACAGCCCACAGUAACCUAACCUGACAGCCCACAGUAACCUAACCUGACAGCCCACAGUAACCUAACCUGACAGCCCACAGUUAUCUAACCUGACAGCCCACAGUUACCUAACCUGACAGCCCACAGUAACGUAACCUGACAGCCCACAGUAACGUGGUUUUAAAAGUUAUCUCACGUAGGCUAGUAUCAAACUUUGCUGUGGCCGGGGUCGUGGAAGCUGUAGGUAUGCACAGCGAUUUGAGCUAUCCGAUUGGCCAGCGCAGUAGGCUCACUCGAUUUAGCCAUAGAUCUUCGAGAAAAUUUUAAAAAGGAGCGCAAACCUUUAUGCCUUUAUCAUCGGCUUUUCUACAGAAAUGUUUGGUGAUCGACUAGGAAUGCCUUGAAGAUCGACCAGUCCGGUUGGUGACCACUGCUUUAGAAUAUCUAGGAAUAUAAUGCACUGUAGGGGUCUCUGAACUUGUUUUACUCUUCACAAGUCUCUAUCAGUUGAGGGAAUAUGACUGAAUUCACUAGGCUUUACAGAAUGUCACCACUGUUUGCCUUAACUAGUGCUGUGCCCUCUGAAACCAUCCUAACAUAGCUUGGUAUUAAACAUCAUUAGAUUUAUCUGAACAUUUGAUCUUGGUUCCUAUUUAUAGUGGUGACUCAUGACUUGGAGAAUGUUUAGAACAGUGGAAUUAAGAGCAGUAAUAGAAUGUUUACAACAGUGGAAUUAAGAGCUGUAGUAGAAUGUUUACAACAGUGGAAUUAAGAGCUAUAGUAGAAUGUUUACAACAGUGGAAUUAAGAGCUGUAGUAGAAUGUUUACAACAGUGGAAUUAAGAGCUAUAGUAGAAUGUUUACAACAGUGGAAUUAAGCUGUAAAUGUUUACAACAGUGGAAUUAAGAGCUGUAGUAGAAUGUUUACAACAGUGGAAUUAAGAGCUGUAGUAGAAUGUUUACAACAGUGGAAUUAAGAGCUGUAGUAGAAUGUUUACAACAGUGGAAUUAAGAGCUGUAGUAGAAUGUUUACAACAGUGGAAUUAAGAGCUGUAGUAGAAUGUUUACAACAGUGGAAUUAAGAGCUGUAGUAGAUGUUUACAACAGUGGAAUUAAGAGCUGUAGUAGAAUGUUUACAACAGUGGAAUUAAGAGCUGUAGUAGAAUGUUUACAACAGUGGAAUUAAGAGCUGUAGUAGAAUGUUUACAACAGUGGAAUUAAGAGCUGUAGUAGAAUGUUUACAACAGUGGAAUUAAGAGCUGUAGUAGAAUGUUUACAACAGUGGAAUUAAGAGCUGUAGUAGAAUGUUUACAACAGUGGAAUUAAGAGCUGUAGUAGAAUGUUUACAACAGUGGAAUUAAGAGCUGUAGUAGAAUGUUUACAACAGUGGAAUGAAGAGCUGUAGUAGAAUGUUUACAACAGUGGAAUUAAGAGCUGUAGUAGAAUGUUUAGAACAGUGGAAUGAAGAGCUGUAGUAGAAUGUUUACAACAGUGGAAUGAAGAGCUGUAGUAGAAUGUUUACAACAGUGGAAUUAAGAGCUGUAGUAGAAUGUUUAGAACAGUGGAAUUAAGAGCUGUAGUAGAAUGUUUAGAACAGUGGAAUGAAGAGCUGUAGUAGAAUGUUUACAACAGUGGAAUUAAGAGCUGUAGUAGAAUGUUUACAACAGUGGAAUGAAGAGCUGUAGUAGAAUGUUUACAACAGUGGAAUUAAGAGCUGUAGUAGAAUGUUUACAACAGUGGAAUGAAGAGCUGUAGUAGAAUGUUUACAACAGUGGAAUGAAGAGCUGUAGUAGAGGGCCGUGAGCCUUCUAGAUUUAGACAAAGAACCCCAGUCUCUCCUCUAAGAUUCCUUCAACUCAAUUAGCAAUUGUAAUCUAUGAGCCUCCUUUUUUUAAGGAGAUUAUUUGACGUGGUGGGGGAGUAAGACGUUGUGUUGGGCGUUACUUUCACUAAGAGGAACCUCCGUAUACUUCUCCUUCCCUGGGGGUUAAUAGAGAGGUUGGAGGGCUCAUCAUUAUACAUUUAUCCUGCUGGGGGGAUUUAGGGUGCGUCUCAGAUAGCACCCUAUUCCAAUAUAGUGCACUACUUUUGUAUCCGGGUCCAGUAUUGCACUAUAGGGAAUAGAGUGGCAUUUGGGACACUGACUUGGUCCUUUAGCUACACAGAGUGAUUGGCAUUAAGGAGGAGCUGGAGCUCUUCCACUGUUUGAUGUCAUAUAUCUUGUCAACCCUGGCUCUCUCAGAAGCCCACUGACUUCAUUCUCUCUCUCAGAAAGCCAUUUGACUUCCACUGUGAAAAACAAGAAAACGUCACGUGUCACAGCUGCAGCAUGUGGGUCACAUGUGUGGAAAAAAUACAUUCCUCAGUUGUUGCAGCAUGCACAAGUAAAAUAAAUGCAACUGGUUGACCAUUUGUCAAGCAACAUUUGCAUAAUGUUGUCUAUGGGAGGGAAUAAUGUUACCUAUGCUAAUGUUAAGUAUUGAGGUGUUUUAAUAUGUGAUAAAGUAGAGUGGUAUUUCUAGUGAAUCAGAGCCUGGUUCUGUUUUUUUUGUUUGUUUUUUUGUCAUUUAGCGGAUGCUCUUAUCCAGAGCGACUUACAGGAGCAAUUAGGGUUAAGUGCCUUGCUCAAGGGCACAUCGACAGAUUUUUCACCUAGUUGGCUCGGGGAUUAGAACCAGCACAACGCUCAGUAUGAAAAAUGUAUGCACUCACUUAACUGUAAGUCGCUCUGGAUAAGAGCGUCUGCUAAAUGACUAAAAUGUAAAUGUAAACGUCUUAACCACUAAGCUACCUGCUGCCUGUUGUGCUGCUGUUCACCAUCUGGCAGAUAGAAUUAAUGUCUCUUAUCACAGGUGGCUUCCCAAAUGGAAGCCUAUUGUUACCUAUAAAUGGCACCCUAGUCCCUGUAUUUCCUAUGGGCCCUGGUCAAAAGUAGUGCACUAUAAAGGGAAUAGGGUGCUAUUUGGGAUGCAGGCAGUCAUUGUGGGGCCCUGGUGCCUGCUGGCUGACUUCCUGCCCACCUGGGACUAGUAGAGUUGGCACAUCCUGCCCACUGACAACAACACCCCUUUACCACAGGGGUGACUGACUGACUGUGUUCAAAUGCUUUGGUAGAUUCUCACCAUGAGAAUGACCUACCUGAAAAUCCUGAGCCUAUGAUUGGCACCUUGGUUGGCAUUUCAAGGAUUUGUGAGAAUCCAAUGAUUGUGGGUUGCAAUUCUUAUUUUCAAUGAGGCAGCAUUUCUGGGAUGAACUUUCUCAGAAAAUAAAGAAGUACAUAGUGCCUCAAUCUGCUGAUACUUCACUCCAAACGGAUGUCAGCUCUUGUAAAGGCAGCUAAUGAUGAGUAGAGCUUGAUCUAAGACUAACGUUUCACUGCAACACUAUGCACCUUUUAAAAAGGAUGUAGCGCCACUAGCCGUAACACAGACACUUCCUGCUGUUCUGAGAAGUAGGUAGGUGCUUCCUGUCUCUAAGACGGAGAGAGACGCAUGGCUCACAGUGGAGACUAGAGCUGACUGGGACGAUAGUCACGGUACAUGUCUGGCUUCACACAACAACAGUCCUGUUGUUUUCUGAUCUGGAGGACACACUCUUUGGCAGGCGGGUAAAGAAUUAGCCUACACGUGGGUGAUGUCAAUUUACAUUUAGGAUUUUAGUCAUUUAGCAGACGCUCUUAUCCGGAGCAAUUUUCUUAAGGUAGCUAGGUGAGACAACCAUAUAUCUCAGUCAUAGUAAGUAAAACCUUUCCUCAAUAUAGCAGCUGUCAGCAAAGUUAGUGCUAGUAAGGAAAUACAAGUGUGACUUCUGUUUUUAGUAUCCUGUAGUAUUCUAGCGGUAUCUUGUUAAUAUCCUGUAGUAUUGUAGUGGUAUCUUGUUAGUAUCCUGGUACUGUAGUGGAGUGGUAUCUUGUUAGUAUCCUGGUACUGUAGUAUUGUAGUGGAAUAGUGUUAGUAUCCUGUAGUAUUGUAGUGGUAUCUUGUUAGUAUCCUGGUACUGUAGUGUUGUAGUGGUAUCUUGUUAGUAUCAUGUAGUGUUGUAGUGGUAUCUGUGUUAGGGAUCUGGUACUGUAGUAUGUAGUGGUAUCUUGUUAGUAUCCUGGUACUGUAGUGUUGUAGUGGUACUGUUGUAUAGUAAUCCUGGUACUGUAGUAUUGUAGUGGAAUAUUGUUAGUAUCCUGGUACUGUAGUAUUGUAGUGGUAUCUUGUUAGUAUCCUGUAGUAUUGUAGUGGUGUCUUGUUAGUAUCCUAAUACUGUAGUGUUGUAGUGGUAUCUUGUUAGUAUCCUGGUACUGUAGUAUUGUAGUGGUAUCUUGUUAGUAUCCUGUAGUAUUGUAGUGGUAUCUUGUUAGUAUCCUGGUACUGUAGUGUUGUAGUGGUAUCUUGUUAGUAUCCUGUAGUGUUGUAGUGGUAUCUUGUUAGUAUCCUGGUACUGUAGUAUUGUAGUGGUAUCUUGUUAGUAUCCUGGUACUGUAGUGUUGUAGUGGUAUCUUGUUAGUAUCCUGGUACUGUAGUAUUGUAGUGGAAUAUUGUUAGUAUCCUGGUACUGUAGUAUUGUAGUGGAAUAUUGUUAGUAUCCUGGUACUGUAGUGUUGUAGUGGUAUCUUGUUAGUAUCCUGUAGUAUUGUAGUGGUAUCUUGUUAGUAUCCUGGUACUGUAGUAUUGUAGUGGUAUCUUGUUAGUAUCCUAAUACUGUAGUGUUGUAGUGGUAUCUUGUUAGUAUCCUAAUACUGUAGUGUUGUAGUGGUAUCUUGUUAGUAUCCUGUAGUAUUGUAGUGGUAUCUUGUUAGUAUCCUGUAGUGUUGUAGUGGUAUCUUGUUAGUAUCCUGGUACUGUAGUAUUGUAGUGGUAUCUUGUUAGUACCUGUUUAGUGUUUGUAGUUGUUGGUGUAUCUUGUUAGUUUAUCCUGGUACUGUAGUAUUGUAGUGGUAUCUUGUUAGUAUCCUGAGUAUGUUAUGUAUUGUAGUGGUAUCUUGUUAGUAUCCUGUAGUGUUGUAGUGGUAUCUUGUUAGUAUCCUGGUACUGUAGUGUUGUAGUGGAAUCUUGUUAGUAUCCUGUAGUAUUGUAGUGGUAUCUUGUUAGUAUCCUGUAGUAUUGUAGUGGUAUCUUGUUAGUAUCCUGGUACUGUAGUAUUGUAGUGGUAUCUUGUUAGUAUCCUGUAGUAUUGUAGUGGUAUCUUGUUAGUAUCCUGUAGUAUUGUAGUGGUAUCUUGUUAGUAUCCUAAUACUGUAGUGUUGUAGUGGUAUCUUGUUAGUAUCCUGUAGUAUUGUAGUGGUAUCUUGUUAGUAUCCUGGUACUGUAUUAUUGUAGUGGUAUCUUGUUAGUAUCCUGGUACUGUAGUAUUGUAGUGGUAUCUUGUUAGUAUCCUGGUACUGUAGUGUUGUAGUGUGUAUCCGUGUUGUAGUAUCCUGUAGUAUUGUAGUGGUAUCUUGUUAGUAUCCUAAUACUGUAGUAUUGUAGUGGUAUCUUGUUAGUAUCCUGGUACUGUAGUGUUGUAGUGGUAUCGUGUUAGUAUCCUGUAGUAUUGUAGUGGUAUCUUGUUAGUAUCCUAAUACUGUAGUGUUGUAGUGGUAUCUUGUUAGUAUCCUGGUACUGUAGUGUUGUAGUGGUAUAUUGUAAGUAUCCUGGUACUGUAGUAUUGUAGUGGUAUCUUGUUAGUAUCCUAAUACUGUAGUGUUGUAGUGGUAUAUUGUUAGUAUCAUAGUACUGUAGUAUUGUAGUGGUAUCUUGUUAGUAUCAUGUAGUAUUGUUGUGGUAUCUUGUUAGUAUCCUGUAGUAUUGUAGUGGUAUCUUGUUAGUAUCCUGUAGUGUUGUAGUGGUAUCUUGUUAGUAUCCUUGGUACUGUAGUAUUGUAGUGGUAUCUUGUUAGUAUCCUUAUGUAUUGUAGUGGUAUCUUGUUAGUAUCCUUAAUACUGUAUGUGUUGUAGUGGUAUCUUGUUAGUAUCCUGGUACUGUAGUAUUGUAGUGGUAUCUUGUUAGUAUCCUGGUACUGUAGUUGUAGUGGAAUAUUGUUAGUAUCCUAAUACUGUAGUGUUGUAGUGGUAUCUUGUUAGUAUCAUGGUAAUGUAGUAUUGUAGUGGUAUCUUGUUAGUAUCCUGUAGUAUUGUAGUGGUAUCUUGUUAGUAUCCUGUAGUAUUGUAGUGGUAUCUUGUUAGUAUCCUGUAGUGUUGUAGUGUUAUCUUGUGAGUGGUUAUGGGACAUUCCCCUUCGUCUUCUUACUACAAUAACUUACUACAAUCAACAUCAUCAUUCUACAGAUCAACAUCAUUAUUGUAGUAAGAAUACAUUUAUCUCAUGAUAUCUGUAGGAUGAUGUUGAUCGUUAUUGUAGUAGAGAAGACAUUAUUUUAAAGAUAUCUGUAGGAUGAUGUUGUCAUAUGUAGAGAUAAGACAUUUAAAUCUUAUGAUAUCUGUAGAUGAUGUUGAUCGUUAUUGUAGUAAGAAGACAUUUAUCUUAUUGAUAUCUGUAGGAUGAUGUUGAUCGUUAUUGUAGUAAGAAGACAUUUAUCUUAUGAUAUCUGUAGGAGGAUGAUUAUGAUUAUUGUAGUAAGAAUACAUUUAUCUCAUGAUAUCUGUAGGAUGAUGUUGAUCGUUAUUGUAGUAAGAAGACAUUUAUCUUAUGAUAUCUGUAGGAGGAUGAUUAUCAUUAUUGUAGUAAGAAUACAUUUAUCUCAUGAUAUCUGUAGGAUGAUGUUGAUCGUUAUUGUAGUAAGAAGACAUUUAUCUUAUAUCUGUAGGAUGAUGUUGAUCGUUAUUGUAGUAAGAAGACAUUUAUCUUAUAUCUGUAGGAUGAUGUUGAUCGUUAUUGUAGUAAGAAGACAUUCAUCUGAUGUAAAAGUCCAACUACAGAUUGCGUCCCAAACUGUAUGUAUGUUGUCUAUGGAUUUGGGGGUCACUAGAUCACUAGAAAAGAGCGGAGGCUACUCUGACAAAAAGCUGCCACCUCCCAUAGAGCUUAACAGGAAUACUGAACAAUGUCUUGUUUAUAUUCAGUAACAUCAACUAAUACAACCUCUGUGUUUAAUGUACACAGUAGCCUAUACAGUAACUUAUACAGUAACUUAUACAGUAACUUAUACAGUAACUUAUACAGUAACUUAUACAGUAACUUAUACAGUAACAUAUACAGUAACUUAUACAGUAACAUAUACAGUAACUUAUACAGUAACGUAUACAGUAACUUAUACAGUAACUUAUACAGUAACUUAUACAGUAACAUAUACAGUAACGUAUACAGUAACUUAUACAGUAACUUAUACAGUAGCCUAUACAGUAACUUAUACAGUAACUUAUACAGUAAUUUAUACAGUAACAUAUACAGUGCCCAUUUGUUCCUUUACAUUUGUGAAACAUGUUUCCAUAAAAUAAUACAUGGAUGACUGAGGCUUUAUUUAAUAAUUUGACUGUGGCUAGUCCUUAUGUCUAUCCAAAGGGUAUUACUUCAAAUCAAAUCUAAUUGUUUUUGUCACAUGCGCCGAAUACAACAGCUGUAGACCUUACGGUGAAAUGCUUACUUACAAGCCCUUAACCAACAAUGCAGUUUUAAGAAAAAUAAGUGUUAAGUAAAAAAUAGAUAACUAAAAACUAAACAAUAAUUAAAGAGCAGCAGUAAAAUAACAGUAGCGAGGCUAUAUACAGGGGGUACCGGUACAGAGUCAAUGUGCGGGGGCACAGUUUAUUCGAGGUAAUUGAGGUAAUAUGUACAUGUAGGUAGAGUUAAAGUGAUUAUGCAUAGAUAAUAAACAGAGAGUAGCAGCAGCUGUUCAGGAGUACUUACCUCCAUAGAGUACUACAGCACAUCUCCUGUCUUUUCAAUGGCUGCUUCCGUGAGAGCAAGUCAGCCCUCUAUCCACCUCUAUGUUUACCUGUCCUCUACUUCCCGUUCCUUUACGUGUCCUGUACUUCCUGUUUCCCCCCAGCCGAGCUGGACUCUGAGCAUGCCCAGAAGGUGCUGGAGAUGGAACAUGCCCAGCAGGUGAAGCUGAAGGAGAGGCAGAAGUACUUUGAAGAAGCUUUCCAACAGGACAUGGAUCAGUACCUGUCUACUGGCUACCUGCAGAUCACCGAUAGGAGAGGUGAGGUGGAACCGAUAACACACACACUGGGUGCCUCCCAAAUGGCACCCUGUUCCCUUUAUAGUGCACUGCUUUUGACCAGAGCACUAUGGGCCCUGGUCAAAAGUAGUGUGCUUUAGGCCUAUAGGGAAUAGGGUGCCAUUUGGGACACAACCUCUGUUGAUAAGUUCAAAGAAAGGCUGUUUUAAAAAGGUUGAAUUGUGUUUCAGAUGAUAUUUUCUGUAUUAACUUUCAUCUGGUGUAACUGCUGUGUUGUAGUUCAAAGUGUUUUGGUGUAGAUUCUAUGACUUUCCCUUGUCUUGUUCCCCUGUUCUGCUCUGUCUAAUGCUGUGACGUUGAGCUUUACAAUAUCCAGUGAUGCUACACCGGUUAAUUGACUGCUUCCUGUCUCUUAUUGUGCUCUCUCUUCCUGCUUUCAUCAUACUUGAGGUAUGAUAGUUCUGUGUGUCUGUCUGUCUGUCUCAUGUCAGUGCUGUGCUGCCUGUCUGUCAGUCUGAGUAUCUUCAGUGCUGUGCUGUUGUACUGUCCGUCAGUCUGAGGUUCUCAAUCCAUCUCUCUGUGAUUCCUCGCCUCCCUUUCAACCGUAUUUAGAGGAUAAGUUCCAAGAUUCUUUGUGAGAAAUGGAGGAAAGAUGGGCCUGCGUAACAGUAACAGUGUCGUGCAGCUGCAGUGUGACGUGACGCUGGUUGUGUGUGUCGGUCCACAGGGCCUAUAGGCAGCAUGUCUUCCAUGGAGGUGAACGUUGAUGUUCUGGAACAGAUGGACCUGAUGGACGUGUCGGACCACGAGGCCCUCGACGUCUUCCUCAACUCUGGAGGAGAGGACAACAGCCUGACCUCCUCACUCACCUCAGGUAGUUAUCAACACAGUGCACUAUGUAGGGAAUAGGGCGCCACUAUGUAAGGAAUAACCAACUCAGUGGCCUUGUGGUUAGUGUCCUCCCUAAAAUUAGAAGAUUGGGAGUAGCUUCACGCUACAGAAACAGGAGACAGACUAGUGUCCUGUCCAAGGGCUGUACUGGUACAUCAAGCUGUCUCACUACAGAAACAGGAGAUAGACUAGUGUCCUGUCCAGGAAGUGUACUGGUACAUCAAGCUGCCUCACUACAGAAACAGGAGAUAGACUAGUGUCCUGUCCAGGAAGUGUACUGGUACAUCAAGCUGCCUCACUACAGAAACAGGAAAUAGACUAGUGUCCUGUCCAGGGGCUGUACUGGUACAUCAAGCUGUCUCACUACAGAAACAGGAGAUAGACUAGUGUCCUGUCCAGGUGGUGUACUGGUACAUCAAGCUGCUCACUACAGAAACAGGAGAUAGACUAGUGUCCUGUCCAGGAAGUGUACUGGUACAUCAAGCUGCCUCACUACAGAAACAGGAGAUAGACUAGUGUCCUGUCCAGGUGGUGUACUGGUACAUCAAGCUGCCUCACUACAGAAACAGGAGAUAGACUAGUGUCCUGUCCAGGGGGUGUACUGGUACACCAAGCUGUCUCACUACAGAAACAGGAGAUAGACUAGUGUCCUGUCCAGGUGGUGUACUGGUACAUCAAGCUGCCUCACUACAGAAACAGGAGAUAGACUAGUGUCCUGUCCAGGGGGUGUACUGGUACAUCAAGCUGCCUCACUACAGAAACAGGAAAUAGACUAGUGUCCUGUCCAGGAAGUGUACUGGUACAUCAAGCUGCUCACUACAGAAACAGGAGAUAGACUAGUGUCCUGUCCAGGUGGUGUACUGGUACAUCAAGCUGCCUCACUACAGAAACAGGAAAUAGACUAGUGUCCUGUCCAGGAAGUGUACUGGUACAUCAAGCUGCCUCACUACAGAAACAGGAAAUAGACUAGUGUCCUGUCCAGGAAGUGUACUGGUACAUCAAGCUGCCUCACUACAGAAACAGGAAAUAGACUAGUGUCCUGUCCAGGGGGUGUACUGGUACAUCAAGCUGCUCACUACAGAAACAGUCUUGCAGAAUGCUUGCUACUUACUUUUACAAAUGUAUGUAGGGAAUAGUGUGCAAUUUGGGACACAGUCCAUUUGUUGAUAUCAUGUAGCCACCAACGGUACAGAGAUAAUAUUGCUAAUGCUAACUAACUAGUAGAACAACUGUUCAUUUCUCUGCUGUGUGCUGUAUUGCUUGUGUCCAUUUAGUCAUGUUAUUAUGUGCGUUGCUAGCGAGCCACUUUCUUAUGAAAGCAUGGUGUCAAAGCAUGCGCGUCACCGUGGGGAUAACAGAGCUGUGUUGUCAUGGGAGGUGGUCAUGAGUUCAAACAAAACAGGGAUUAUACACUGUAGCACGCUGGAAUCACAUGAUGGAGCAUGUGGUUACAUCCCAAAUGGCACCCUAUAUCCCAUAUAUAGGCACAGCCGUGAUGUUUGACUAAUCCCCUCUCUCCCUCCCCCAGGUCCAGACCCUGAGUCGUUGUCCUCUGAGAUCUCCCUGCGGGUGCCCACCCAGGCGGAACUGAGGAACAAGCCGUCUUCCCUCUCCUCCGCGGAGCCAGGCUCAGCCAGCCAGGACACCAGCCUGGGGGAGGAGGGCCAGGAGGGGGAGGGCAGCGAGGCCAGCGGAGACGAGCCCCUGGUACUGCCAGACGAGGAGGAAGUGCAGGCCGACACAGCCCUGGUGGCGCUGCCUGAGGCGGAGACGUUCAAGAACUCUGACGACAGCGACUCGCAGGCCUCUUAG